AGGGAGGGGCUUGAGGCCCAGUGCAUGCCGGGAUGGCUGCGGGCGGCCCUUGCACUUCAAUCAUGGUGGCCGCUGUCGCGUCCGGCUUGUGGCUCUUGGCUACGCUGCUUCUCCCUGCGGCCGCGGUCUACGAAGAUCAAGUGGGCAAGUUCGACUGGAGACAGCAGUAUGUCGGGAAGCUCAAGUUUGCCUCCUUAGAAUUUUCCCCUGGAUCCAAGAAGUUGGUCGUGGCCACAGAGAAGAAUGUGAUUGCAGCAUUAAAUUCUCGUACUGGAGAGAUCUUGUGGCGUCAUGUUGACAAGGGCACAGCAGAAGGGGCUGUGGAUGCCAUGUUGGUUCACGGACAAGAUGCAAUUACUGUAUCCAAUGGAGGGCGAAUCAUGCGUUCUUGGGAGACUAACAUCGGGGGCCUGAACUGGGAGAUAACUCUGGACAGUGGCAGUUUCCAGGCACUUGGGCUGGUGGGCCUGCAGGAGUCAGUGAGGUACAUUGCAGUUCUGAAGAAGACAACUCUCACCCUCCAUCACCUCUCCAGUGGGCACCUGAAGUGGGUGGAACAUCUUCCAGAAAGGUAAGGCAGUCUCCUUCCAAGUGAUGACUAUCUUGUCCCAAUCCCCGCAACACUCUCCAUCUCCUUGAGGCUGCUUGGCCAGGUACCCUCCUGUUGGCAUCACAUGGGAGUGGAAAGGUUGUGGCUACAUACUUGGAGUGUACUUGGUAUGGUGGAGAAAAUUCAAACUGGGGCAUUAGAGCUGCCACAUAAGGAAGGUGCUCCUGCUCAUGCACACAGUGCUCCGGGCCUUUCAACUGCUACCUCCCAUUAUUCUGAAUCUUUCUUCAUGGUAAGACUCAGAAUGACAGGCAGGGGCUGAGGGAGGCUCGAAGUGGUUUCUAGAGGUCCUGGGCAUUGGAAGCAUGAAAGCCAGGAAGGAACAGGAUAGCUAGAAGGUCAGGCAAGGGUUGGCUGCCACUUGCAACUAUUUCCAAAAAGCUUAGAGCAGGGAUCAAAAGUCAAAUUGCUAAAGUUAAGAUGAAGAUAUGGCAUGCAAAAGGCCCUACAUUUGAUUCUUAGCCUUGCCAAAAAAAAAAAAAAAAAAAAAAAAAAA